AUGACCGAACCUGAUCUGGAAUCAAAGAUGGCUGAACUUGAGUUGUUUAGCGCAUCUUCUGCUCCACCCAAACGAGCAGCAGAGCCGAACCAGGUCGUCGCAAAGCGUCAACGUGUGGAAGGUACCCGCUACAACUUCAGUCACUUGAAGAGGCCAGAGCCAGAGGAUUUUCAAGGACCUCUGCAGUUCAUGCAGGUGGACAUUGACUACUAUACAAAGGCACCUGACAUGCGCUUUCCGAACUUGGAAAAUCCCUAUUCUCCAGAAACUGUGGUGCCGGUGUUGCGGAUGUAUGGUGUGACUGAGGAAGGGCACAGCUUGAUGGCCCACAUCCAUGGGUUUGAGCCAUAUUUCUAUGUGGAGUGCCCUGAGGAGCUCCAGAAACCUGAUGGCUUGGAAGCAUUUCGUCAGUCCUUGGAGAGCCUGUUGGCAACUUCUGGAUGCCGUGACAAGGCAAGUCCUUUUGUGAGGAAAGUGGAACUGGUUCAGCGUUCCACUCUGAUGAGAUGGCAAGGAUCCAACGAACACUCAUGCUUUUUGCGAGUGGUUGUUGCCGUGCCCAGCCUUGUGGCCACAUGCAGGCGCAUGCUGGAGGCUGGAUUCUCACUCGGUGGCAAGGGGCACUUCCCUCCCAGCACGUCAUAUGAGACCAACAUCCCCUUCGCUCUUCGAUUCAUGGUCGAUCGUGAACUUGCUGGUGGCGGCUGGGUACUGGCUGAGAACGCGAUCCGACGAGCAGGCGCUGACCACCUCAGUUGGUGCCAGCUUGAAGUGGACAUGUACUAUUCGGAUUUGAAACCACAGGAAAAACUUCACAUUGCUCCUUUACGUAUUCUCUCAUUUGAUAUCGAGUGCUACAAUCCUGAAGGGAAGGGCUUUCCAAAAGCAGAAAGCAGCCCAGUGAUCCAGAUAGCUGUUUACUUGAAGGUCCAUGGUUGUGAGCGCGCGCUUUCUCAUGCUGUGUGGACGUUGAAUUCGUGCAAUGAGAUUGCAGGAGCGACCGUGUAUGCUUUCGAGACCGAGGAGGAGAUGCUGAUGAGCUUCCGACACUUUGUCCAGGAGACUGACCCAGAUGUGAUCACUGGAUACAACAUUGUCAACUUUGAUUUGCCGUACCUCGUGGACCGCUCGGAAGUAAAGAACAUCAAUACAGACUUUUGCAAAUUAGGACGGCUCAGAAAUGACAGAUGCCGCAAACGAGUCAACAACUUCAGCGGCCGAGAAUCAAUUGAGAUCAACAUUGAUGGACGAAUCAACUUUGAUAUGCUUGCGGUGAUCCAGAAGGAGCAAAAGUUGAGCUCAUAUUCUUUGAACGCAGUUUCGGCGGAGUUUUUGGGCGAACAAAAAGAGGAUGUGCACCAUAGCAUGAUUGGCGACCUCUUCCUCGGAAGUGCUGAGAGUCGACGACGUUUGGCCAUUUACUGCUUGAAGGAUGCCUACCUUCCAAUGCGUUUGAUGGAGAAGCUGUUGUGCAUGUACAACUAUGUGGAGAUGGCCCGUGUGACUGGCACUCCGAUCAACUUUUUGCUCAAUCGGGGGCAGAUGAUCAAAGUCCAGUCUCAGCUUCUUCGGAAGGCACAACAGUGUGGCUUUGUGAUGCCUACUCUGCCGAAGACAGAAGCUUCCAACGACAAGUUUGAGGGUGCAACGGUCUUGGACCCAUUGACAGGAUACUACCCACAGCCAAUCGCAACUUUGGACUUCGCAUCUCUGUAUCCUUCCAUCAUGAUGGCGCACAAUCUUUGCUACUGCACCCUUCUCAAACCAGAGCAGGUCAGAGAUCUUCAGCCAGAUGAGUACACAAAGACACCUAGCGGCUGUUUCUUCCUGAAAAGCUCAAAGCGACGCGGGCUGCUUCCCAUGAUUCUGGAAGAGCUGCUGGCUGCCAGAAAGAGAGCUAAAAAGGCCAUGGCAGAGGCGACGGAUCCGCUCACGAAGUCUGUUCUGAAUGGCAGACAGCUUGCUCUGAAAGUAUCUGCAAACUCGGUGUAUGGCUUCACAGGUGCCACGGUUGGCGUACUGCCCUGCCUAGAUAUCUCCUCCAGCGUGACGGCUUUCGGGCGAACGAUGAUAGACCACACAAAGCAGAUGGUGGAGGCCAACUACUGCAUUGAAAAGGGCUAUCCUCACGAUGCUCAGGUCAUUUAUGGUGAUACCGACUCCGUGAUGGUGAAAUUCGGAGUUGACGAUGUUGCGGAGGCGAUGCGCUUGGGCCAGGAAGCUGCUGAAAUGGUCAGUGCCACCUUCACAAAACCCAUCAAGUUAGAGUUUGAGAAGGUUUACUGUCCAUAUUUGCUGAUGAACAAAAAGCGCUACGCUGGUUUGUACUGGACCAAUCCUCACAAUUACGACAAGUUGGAUGCAAAGGGCAUUGAGACAGUGCGACGGGACAACUGUGGCCUUGUGCGUCAACUGGUGGACAUUUCGCUGAGAACGAUCCUGAUUGAUAAAUCAGUCCCCAAAGCUGUGGAGUUUGUGCAGAAAGCGGUGUCGGACCUGCUGCAGAACAAGAUCGAUCUUUCCUUGCUUGUCAUCACAAAGUCAUUAGGAAGAGGUGCCCAUGCAGAGGACUAUGCUGCCAAACAAGCUCAUGUGGAGCUGGCAGAGCGCAUGAGGAAGCGGGAUCCAUCAACUGCACCAGGAAGCGGAGAUCGAGUGCCCUACGUCAUUGUUACCGGCUCCAAAGGUGCCAAGGCUUAUGAGAGGAGCGAGGAUCCGCUGUAUGCACUGGAGAACAACAAAUCAGUGGAUGCCCAAUAUUACAUCGAGCAUCAGCUUCAGCUUCCUCUCCUUCGAAUAUUUGGUCCAAUCAUGGGCGAUGAUAAGAAAGCCCAGUCCCUCCUGUUCUGCGGCCAACACACGAGAAAGCUGCACACACCAACCCCACAAGGCGGCGCAUUGGCCAAGUUUGUGACGAAGAGCCUGCGGUGUAUGGGUUGCAAGGCUGUCAUCAAAGCUGGCUUGCUAUGCGAGCACUGCGAAAAGGAAAAGGCGGCUGAUGUAGUGAUUGAGCAGAUGGAGAACUUCCGGCAGAAAGAGGAAGAAUUCAGCCGCCUGUGGACCCAAUGCCAACGCUGCCAAGGAAGCUUGCUGGAGCCGGUGAUUUGCUCGAACCGGGAUUGUGAGAUUUUCUAUCGCCGUGCCAAGGCUGGCUUGCAGAUAAAGCUAGUAUGGGAUGAUGAAUGUGUGAACUCUGAUUCCUGCGCAAUCAGCGCCUUGCAGUUACAGAAGUCAGUUGCACAGGAGUUCGACAACUCCUCCGAGACCUGGGGCUCUUGUGCCAGGUAUGGUUGUGGGGCAUCUUACAGUCGGUACCGGAGUUGCCAAUGCAACUCGAAAUGUCAUGGCUAUCGCAACUGUUGCUCUGACUACGAUGCACGCUGCAGGGCCGCGCCGGCUCCGGCACCCACAUCUGCAGCUGCUUGCUCUGCCAUUCCUUCUUGCAGAGGAUUGCAUGGAGAUUGCUGCCCCACGGCCAAUGGAAUGUACCUUGGAUGCUGCCCAGAGAAGAUGAUCCCUCAUGCAACCGCCCCCCCUGCCACGAGUGAACAUGGCCGCCAGGUGAUGACUCUAUACCAUCAGACAAGCCCAGAAGCUUGCCGGAGCAUUAUCCGAACUGGUUUCAAUAUCGGACAUUCUGGAUGGUGUGGUGGAGCGAUAUACUUCGCCCUGUCGCCCCAAGCCACGAAGACCAAGGCUAUCACCCCACACUCUGGCAUCGGCUGCAUGUUGGAAGUCAAGGUGGACGUGGGACGCAUGAAGAAGUUUCCAUGCUGCAGAUACUGUGGUGGACGUCAAGAUGAGCACAUCCCUUGGACGUAUCAAAAGCUUAAAGCAUCUGGGCACGACUCCAUUGAAAUCAAUCCUGGAGAUGGGCCAGAGGUAGUGAUCUAUGACAAGAACCAGGUCCUCAGCAUCAAAGAAAUUCAUUUCGACCCAGCUUGGACACCUCACAGGAUGCACUGGUGA